AUGCUUUUCACAGUAUGCUUUGCCCAAGAGCGGCUGUGUCGGGUUGCGCUGAGAAGGCAGCAAGCUCAGGAAGAGGAACUGGGAAUCAGCCACCCAGUGCCCCUGCCCAGUGCCCCCGAGACAUUUGCUAAGAAGAACAGCGGUGGCAGCUCUUGUCUCUUGUCGGGAAGCAGCAGCCCUACGCACUCGACGAGUACAGCUGUGACGGCAGCUAGCGCACCGUCAGAGGGAUGGAUGCUCAUUCAGGACAUCCCUUCCAUCCCCAGCAGAGGGCACUUGGAGAGCACGUCUGAUUUGGUUGUGGACUCCACCUACUACAGCAGUUUUUACCAGCCGUCCCUGUAUCCUUACUAUAACAACCUGUACAACUACUCCCAGUACCAAGUGGCAGUGGCCAGUGAGCCUUCCUCGAGUGAGACGGGGGGUACGAUUGUAGGGUCGGCCAUGAAGAACAGCCUUCGAAGCCUCCCAGCGACGUACGUGCCAAGCCAGUCAGGAAAACAGUGGCAGGUGAAGGGCAUGGAGGGCCACCACGCCGUCAGCUCCCAGUACCACGUGUGCUCCUACUACCCCCCUGCAUCCUACCUGGGGCAGGGGGUCAGCGCUCCCACGUGCCUCCCCCAGAUCCUGACCUCUGAGGACAUCCACUCCUACUCGGAGUCGCAGGUGCAAAUCUGUGCCUUCCUCCAGCAGUCCAGCAGUUAUGCAGGCCCAGAGGUGUUUGAGAGACCUGUUUGGCUGUUUGGUGCGUUUGACCACGUUGUGGAGGAAUAUGUGAUGCUCCAGACCUGA